AUGCCUCUUCCUCCUCACAGAAUCCACCUGCAUAAAGCAUUGAAGCGAGCGGCAAUUGCACCUACGGGAAAAGGCAGACCUUGUAAAUUGUUGACGGCAAGCAAAGUCGUGGCUGUGGAUGAAACCGAGGGCUCACUGACCUUGGAGAAUGGCGAAACUAUUCGAGGCGAUGUAAUAGUUGGAGCUGACGGUGUCCACUCCGUGGCUCGCACACGAAUUCCGCCAGAUGCCAAGCCAUGUAGCUGCGGCAAAAGCGCGUUCCGAUUCUUGAUACCUCGAGAGGCUUUCAAGAGCGAUCCAGCAACAGCACACAUGGUGGACGACUUGGGCGAGGUGAAGAUCUGGUAUGCUGAAGACCGCCGUAUCCUGAACGCGGUCUCAGAUUGGAACAAUGUCGCCAGCCUCGAAGCCAUGCUCAAAGUGUUUGGCGGAUUUGAGCCUUCUGUGUUGGUUAUGAUAUCGAAGGCCGAUCCGGAAACACUCAAGAUCUGGACGCUGCUGGACAUGGAGGAAAUACCUGCGUGGAAUAAAGGCCGCCUGGCGCUGAUUGGUGAUGCAGCGCAUCCAUUCUUGCCUCACCACGGACAAGGCGCAGGAGCCGCCAUCGAGGAUGCCGCAGCACUGGCUACCGUACUGCCUCUUGGAACCCCGGUAACAGAAACACAACCAACCAAGAUCAAGACGUCCUCUCGCCUGAUUGGUUCUGACAACCUCCAUAAGAACAAUCUCGACAUGUCCCAAUUCACAGCCUACAAUUUCGGCCACGACGAGUUCGACGAUUCAGCCCAGCGUUUCCGAGAGUAUCAAUGGUCAAAGAUCCCCAACAAAUACUGGCGCAUGCAACUCGCCUUCGGACCCAUGCCCGGCCCUCGUCAGAACCACUACGGCUUCCCCCGAGACGGAACACAAAGCACCUUCAUAACCGCUAGCAUCCGCUUCAAGGCCUCCAAAACCGCUCUCCAGAACCUUUUCCCACCCGGUCGAUCGGGCUACAAAUUCACCACUCCCGUCACAAUCGCUUACGCCUCCUUCUCCCAAACGACCCUCAACAAAAUGCAAUGGCUCGGCGGCUCCGGCUACAACCACAUCGGCCUCUACAUCCACGGCGUACAAUACACGAAACCCGACGAAGACAGCACCAGCGUUUCAGGAACCUAUAUGCCCAUCCUCUUCGAAUCCCUCACCGACCCCAUCGUCAGCGGCCGCGAAGAACUCGGCAUGCCGAAACUCUACUCCGCCAUAGACGUCCAUCGCCGCACUCAAAGCUACCACAUCCGUACCUCCUGGCAAGGCGCGACUUGGGGCUCCUUCCACCUCUCCGGCCUCCACGAAUCCGAUCCCGCGACCUCCACGGGCUCGAUUUCCGGUGAAGCUGAUGAUGGAAUUCUUGUACACAGAUAUAUUCCUGCUACCGGGAGGAAGAACAAAGGUUUGGCGGAAGCGGAUUAUGCGUGUUUUGAUCGGUUCGCGGAGGCUGAGCCUAAGCCUCGAGCGGAAAGGUUGUGGGUGGCGGAGAGUGCGAGGUUUGAGAUUGAUGGGUUGGUUUGGGAUCAGCUGCCGACUUUGCAUCAUGUUGUGGGGAGAUUGGCGGAGUUGCCUGUUUAUGAGAUUUGGGGGCGCAAAUCGCAAUCAUCCAACUGUCUUCAUUUCACCUUGUGGUUUCUAACUUUCGCGCCCGGCUGGAGUGGACCUCUUCACUCCGGCAGUGAAAUUCUGGACCACAGGAAAGCCACAAAUUCUCUUUCGUUCUUCUUCGCUGAUUUCUUGCCUGCACAUCGCCGGCCUACAAAACAGCCAGUCUACCUGAUAUUCCGAUUUCCAUCACCCGAGGAGUCGCCGGACAGGGCAGCAGAAGGCGGGAUGCCGCAGAUCAGAGCGUCUCAACGACGUGCGAUUCGGUUUCGUCUCCAGAAGAACAUCGCUUAUGCGGCGAGAUUGUCUGAAACCGAAAUGGAGUCGGCUGUGGAAAGGUGUAGACAAGGCGAAUUUUCUCCGCAGACAAUGCAAAAUUACCUCCAUACCAAUAUGCUUUUGGCUAUAUAA